AUGCCCAACGACGACGUCUUUGCCAAGCCCUCGGCCCCGUCCGAGGUCCACCACGGCUCCGGGACGCCGCCGCAAGGCAAGGCCGGGGCCUACGGCAAGACCUCCGGGGCGCUGCUCGGGACCCCCGGCGGCAGCUCCAGCUCCGGAGGCAGCAGCAGCGGCGGCGGGAGCCUGGGCUCGGGCUCCGGGCCGUCGGGGCUGGGCGCGGGCGCGGCGAGCAAGAAGUCGCCGCGGCUGCCCAAGUGCGCGCGCUGCAGGAACCACGGCUACGCGUCGCCUCUCAAGGGCCACAAGCGCUUCUGCAUGUGGCGCGACUGCCAGUGCAAGAAAUGCAACCUGAUUGCCGAGCGGCAGCGCGUCAUGGCCGCGCAGGUGGCGCUGAGAAGGCAGCAAGCCCAAGAGGAGGAACUGGGGAUCAGUCACCCCAUCCCACUGCCCAGUACUGCUGAAUUGCUUGUCAAGAGAGAGAAUAAUGGCAGCACCCCCUGCCUGAUGAAUGAGAGCAGCAGCUCCUCACAGCCCCCACCACCGGCUAGCACCCUCACCUCUGCUUCAUCAGAGGGUCGCAUGGUCAUCCAGGAUGUUCCUGCUGUCACCAGCAGAGGGCACAUGGAGAACAACUCUGAACUGGUUUCUGAACCCUACUACAGCAGUUUCUACCAGCCGUCGCUGUUCCCUUACUACAACAAUUUGUACAACUACCCUCAGUACUCCAUGGCCUUGGCUGCUGAUUCCUCUUCCAGCGAGGUGGGAAGCCCUCUCGGGGGAUCCCCUGUGAAGAACAGCCUUCGGAGCCUCCCAGCACCGUAUGUGCCUGGUCAAACAGGAAAUCAGUGGCAGAUGAAAAACUCGGAGAACCGUCAUGCCGUGAGUUCACAGUACCGGAUGCAUUCUUACUAUCCACCUCCUUCCUAUUUGGGCCAGAGUGUGUCCCAGAUCUUCAGUUUUGAGGAUGGCCCCUCUUACUCCGAAGCAAAAGCAAGUGUAUUCUCACCUCAGUCCAGCAGUCAAGAUUCUGGCUUGGUCUCCCUGUCCAGCAACUCUCCUGAGAGCACAAAGGGAGUGCUUGAAUGCGAGUCGGCUUCCGAGCCCAGCACUUUCACAGUCACUCCUGUCAUUGAGGAGGACGACGAAUAA